AUGCUACACUGGUCAAAACCAAACAAUGAAACUAAACUAUCACUGGGCAGCAGAAUUCCAGUAUCUCAAACCAAGAGAAGCAGAUCUUUUCGGAUGAAUGACAACAGAAAACAAAAAUCUACAAGUAGUGAUUUCACAGCGAGAAAUGUUUACCACACAAGUCGCGCUCUUGAAAUAGUUGACUCCGAAAAAGGUAAUAUGUCGCCUAAAUUUGAACUGGAACCGCAACGUAAUAUUGAAGCGGACGUCUUUGAUUGGCUGAGUAAAAACAGCGAAACGUCGGACAAAUAUACUGCAUAUUAUUUGGAGAAUAACACAAGCGUAUGUGCUAACACAGCCGAGCUUCAUAGUAUAACAAACGGCGAAACUGCCUCCAAAAACAACGAAGAAACUUUGGGAAUUACACCAGAACGAGACACAGAAAUGGCGAAGGAUAAAACGGGGACAAAGUCGUACUUCAACGCGUUUAAAAACGCCAUUUUUCCAUUCGAGGGAAAGUAUUUCUACUUGAGCGGAGAACUGAAUAACCAGAAAGUCUCUCUAACCGAAACAACGAAGACUAUUGGCGAUAAUUCAGCACAUUUGAUGGAAAAGACAAAGAUCAUUGGGGAUAAUGCAGGACGUUUGAUGGAUAAGACGAACUGUGAUGAUGAUAGAUACAAGGAGAUUCUUGGGGAUAGGAAGGGUGACAAUGCGACUAAAACGACCAAUAAGAAAUGGGAGAUUAAUGGGCUUAAAGAUACAAAAGUGUACCACGAGGACCAACGUAUGAAUACUGAGGAUAAGAAUGGAUACGUAAGGUGUCAAUAUGGAUGCAACAAAGAUAACAUGACGCCAUUAAAAAUCAAUCUCAAGUCUGAUACAUACUCUGAGAGCCAGCAGAAAGAGAUCAAUAGAUUGCGAACACAAAUUGAGAAGCUCUCCACCUUCGUUGAAAGUUCGGACGAACGCCGGGAACAGUCGGAGGCACGGCUAGCUCAACAAAACGAAGAGCUGCUAAAACACAUACGCCAAAACAAGGUACUUGACAACCGAGUGUGCUGUCUUGACGAACUUCGGCGCAAUUUACAGCGCAAAGUUGAUGAGAUUUCUGAGGAGGAUAAAUCACUAAAACUUGCUUUAAAAUCAAGCGAGGAAAAACUCAUUGAAGAAAAAGAGAAGGUGCAAGUUCUCAAGCAAGAAUGUUCAAGUGAAAAUGCAAAAAAUGUCGAGUUGGAAUUAGUUUUGCAAACAAUACGCGAAGAGUUAGGAUGCCCAUCUCCCGCCAAUAAUCAAAAGUCGAGCGAUUUAUUCCUGGGUACGAGGAAGAGUCACGAUGACCUCGGAAGAGACUGGGCCGAGGGGUUAAAUGAAACCGAAAGCAAUCUAUCUGCACGACACGUAGAAAAGAAAGUCCGUUGGGGUGACGUACAAACACAAGAAAUUAAGAAGCCAACCCAGAGCGCUCAUUUCAACGCGGAACAGCAACUUUGGGGUCCGAGUACAAGUAGCCCCCAGCCCGAGGCAGAAACAGCACGUCCGCCACAAUAUUCUUGUUUGAAGCAGCAUCCUAGCGAGGAAGCGCUGUGGAAACGAGAAAAGAAACAGUUCGAAGGUAAAAUCAUGUUACUUGAAAUGGACAAGAAGAAACUGCGGUCGGAGAUGGAUCUUUUGGAAGCGACGAUUAUCAAAGAAGAGACUACUGCACAAACUUUACGUGAAAAUAACGAAGUUCUAGAAUUUCGUAUUCUUGAACUGGAGUAUGAAUUACUGGAAAAGGCAAAGAAACAAUAA